UUAUUUUUGUGAUUAAAAAUGCCACUGGAACAAUUUGAAAACAGGAUUUUAAUUGGAGUGGGUUUUGAAAAAAAUAAAAGCAGCUGUAAUGUCGAGGGUUUUCUGGGUGAGUUCGUGUUUGCAGUUCGGGCCCGAAUCUGAGCUACAUGACUGCAGCUUUAUUCAAGCAGCCUCUGCUUAUUUAUGGGAGGAGCGGCGUGACUUCCCCACUUCUUCCCCCCACUAUGUACUUUUUUUUUUUUUUUAACAUCCCUGCUUACGUUUUUGGCAGGCAUAGCCUAAUUUCCGCAUUCCCAAAUCCUCCCAGAUUGGGACCACGUUAAAGAACUAAUCGGGCUGAUGCAACGAUUUCCACUUUUCAGGAUUUACUCUCGACCCUCGGCUGAGCAGAAGAAAGGACAUUUGUUGCACCUGGGAUCAAAGUCAGCUGCGGUGAAGACCGAGCCUGACGUGAUGCCAGGACAAAUCCCAGAUCCGUCUGUAACAGCAGGUUCCCUGCCCAGCCUGGGCCCGCUGGCCGGGAUCUCUGCCACAACGCUGACUGACAAGCUCAAAAUCGGUGACUUCCAGGAGCUUGGGACGAUGCUGUCACCCCUCCACUUCCUGGACAGCCUGGGAAAGAGGCCGCUAAUCAUUAAAACGGAGAAAGAUGAAGAAGAAGAGAGGAGAAAGCGAAGGCGAGAGAAGAACAAAGUGGCUGCUGCUCGAUGUCGGAACAAAAAAAAAGAACGAACAGAUUACCUUCAGAAGGAGUCAGAAAGAUUGGAGAUGUUAAACUCUGACCUGAAAGCUCAGAUUGAGGAGCUGAAGAACGAGCGACAGCAGCUGAUCCUCAUGCUCAACCGUCAUCGGCCCACAUGCAUUGUGAGGACAGACAGCGUUAAAACCCCGGAGAGCGAGGCGAACCCCCUGCUGCAACAGCUGGAGACAAAGUGAAGGCACAGACUCUUAAGACGGGGUUAUAGAAAACUGUUAGCACUUAUAGGUUCAGGGCUUCGGUAUCAAAAAGGGACCGGCUUGUCCCGGCGAUCCUGAAACACAAUGAGCAGAACCAGUUUCACGGGGAAAUCAAAUUGAACUUUGCUUCCUCUUGUUGGUCAUCAGGACCUAAAAUAAAAAAAUGUCACAGGUUUUUGGGGAAAAAAACUUUUUAAACAGUUUUUAGUUUUUCUAUGCUGUUCUAAACUUGAAUUGCAACCCAAAGAGGCCUGGCCUUAUGAAAAAACAUUUAAAAUAUGUCAAGAAAAAGAUGAUAACAGCUGAUGUCAAGUGAAUAGGUUCCAGAAUCAAAAGGAAGUGACAUUUUCUUACUAUUUCAAUAACUGAACAACUUUUGGUUUAUAAGCUGUCAUAAAUUAAUUAAUUGUCAUGUUUUGAAAGAAUAAUUGUUCAUUUAUUUUUUUGGUCACCAAAAAUCAAACCCCCCCAAAAAUAUGUAUUUUAUUUUAAGUAGGAAAAAAUAAGAAUCAUAAGAGAAUAAUUUAUCAACAACUAAAAAUAAGGCUAUCAUCACAUUCUGUACUGAUGACAUGAAAUGUAAUACAUAUAUGACACAUCUAUUUACCUUUUUUUUUAAAGGAUCAUCUACAAAGUUCACUUUAUCACACAGAUCGCCUCCAGACCUCUCCUUAAACAUAUGUUGGUCCAGCAGCAGAACCUGUUUGUUCUCUAUUUCAUUGUUUUGGCGCAGGCGUCAUUUAUGCACAUAUAUAUUUGGAGUGUUUACAUUGUACCUUAUUUUCUGAAACCAUAUUGUUACAACCAAUUAUGUUUUUUUAUACUUUUGUAUAUGAUGUUAUAUAAGCACAUAAGCUAUCCAAGAAUUUCAAUAUUAUAUUUUCUGAAUAAAUUACUGUUUAGUUUUUACAGCA